CGAGGCUCGUGGUUGAACGCUUCCAGUCUUGCUGGACGAGUGUUCUUAGAAAGUGAAGUGCCAGAUACACUCCAACAUUUCAAGCUUCUCCGUCGCUUAAAUACGCUUCCAGGAAAGCAUUUUCCUUACUUUUGAAGUUAUUGGAACACAAUCCUUGUUCUAAGUGGGAUUAAAUGACCACUGUUGAUGCAACGUCGGGUCUGGGAGUGUGGGGCGCGUAUUCCGGUCUCGCGCACGGAGCCCUCGGCCUGGUCUACUCCGCGUCAUUCCUGAACGCGGGCUUCAUCGGGCUCGGCGCUCUCUGGCUAGCGUCAUAUCUCGGGCAUGGAGGUUUCGGUGGAGUUAUCGGAGAUGAUUACGGAGAUUAUGAUUAUUAUGGAGGAUACGGAGACUACGGAGGAGGGUAUGGUGGAUAUAAAGAUCAAAAAGGAGGAUAUGGACAUCGACCUUCAUACGGUGCUCCCUCUCCUUAUGGUAACCGAGGGAGAAUCGGUGGCUCGAGUCGACAUGGAAAAAAUAACAAACGUAAUUCAGAAUGGAUACGGAAGAAGAGAUCCACGGAUAUUGCAGAAGGUGGUUACAUCCAUGGGGAUAUCCGUAGAUCAAAAGGUCGCAAAUAUCGCAGGACACGCAAUGAAGAAGAAAUUAUCGUUGAUGAGCUGAAGAGAAGGGAUGCGAAUGGCUGCAGCAUGAGGCUGGUCUGCGAGAUUUCCGCUGUGAAAUUCAGAGCUCUGCGCAAAGAAGAGUGGGAUAUCCUGCAAUUUGUCAGGUCUGGCGACGCGCUCUUCAACAUCGCGCAUCCAGGGCAAGGCGUGCGCAGCAGCAGUCCUGUCCUUGCAGAUUACAGAGCUGCGGCAAAGUUUGGCAGGACUGGGGGUGCCUGCUCGCAACGAUACAGAAAUUGUCCAUAUUCAGCGACCGAAAUUAUAAAUUUUAUUCAUGUUCUGAAAAGGUGAAGCAUAAUAGAGCCAGAUUUAAACACUGGUACAUAUACAAAAUCUUGAAACCAAUCUAGAGCCAUACGUUAGAUAAUUUCAGAAUUAGGUACUUUCAGGAGUGUUUUGAAAGCCGAGUGUUGCGUUUAAUACAGGCUUUGAGGAGCUGUGAAAGUACGAACAAAUUAAGUCAUGUGUAAAUAAUGUAAGUACACAAAUUAUUUAUUACAUUUAGGUCGAAUGAAAGAAUAAGUUAAAUCUCGAGAUAACAGUAAUACCAUUUUCUCAGUUGAUCCUCAAGAUCCAUUGUUACUUUUGUUAUUAUGUGCGUUACAAUAUCCGAGAAUCCAAUGAUCCGUAUGAAAUUGCCAUAAACUUGUGAAACCAAUAAAUAAUUGUAAAUUAAUUUUACCAACAAUUUGUAAUCAAUAGAUGAGAAAUUGUAAUUUCUCAUCUGCAAUAUGGUAACAUACCUGGAAUAGCAAGGAAAAUUAACUGAUAUUUGCACCUUAGGAAAAUAUUAUUAAUGUAGAUGAUUCUCCGCGACGGUUUAUACUUUUGUUAGUACAUAUAAUUUGUAAUUAUUUCUUUCUUUCGCAAGCUUGUGGAAAUUCCAUGCGGAUUAUUGGAUUGUCGGAUAUUGUAGCACACAUAAUAACAAAAGUAGUAAAGUAGUGAAAAAGUAAGUAGUAGUAAAAGUUUCAUUGCUAUUUCAGGUAUGUUUCCAUAUUGCAUAUGAGAACUUACCGUACAUGACCGCGGUAGCUUAUUGUCUCUAAUGCCAGUAAUUUUAAAGUAUUUAAAUGGCACUGAAAGUUUGCAGUCUUUCAACAAGAAGACCAACAUGCGUUCCCCUCAGUACUAAUUAUCUCUCAUUUAAACUAAAGCAAUUGAAUGCAAAGCAGCGGAUGUGGCAAGACAAAGAAUUGUUAUUCACACACCAAGAAAGCCCGUGAUUGUUAUUUUACAAUAGUUUUUGCAUUUAUUUAUUGUAGCAAUAAUAUGUUAGAAUAUUUAUUUUAA